AUGCAACAACAAGCAGGUGGACGACACAGGGGGUUCCAGGGCUCUAUCAGAGCAAGGGGCCCCAUGGGACUGCCAAGGGUGCUCUCAGAAUUCACAUCGGGUGCCCGGGCCCCCAUGGGAUUGCAAAGGGAGCCCCUGGAGCCCUCCAGGGCCCCAUGGACCUGCCAGCGGCCUCCCCAGGAGCCCCACCAGAGCCCGGGCCACAUGGGACUGCCAGGGACUUCCAGAGUCCCCAUCAGGCCUCAGGACCGCAUGGGAGUGCUAGGGGCACCUCCAGAAGCUCCACCAGAGCCCUGGGGCCCACGUGACAGGCCCCUCUGGGAGUCGCCACCCCUGGGAGGGCCCCAAGGGGCGAUAACGCUUCUGGGAGAAUCCCUGGCGGCGCCUCCGGCUUUGGGAGGGCCCUUCGGAGCGCCGCCGGCCCUGGGAGCCCCCUUGGAUCGCCGCCACCUUUUGGAGGGCCCACGCCGCCCCUAG